GACCGGGACUUCUACCUGGCCUCCAUCCGCCGCGAGUUCCGCCGGAACCAGGGGCUGCAGCGGCUGGAGGACAAGGAAAGGCAGCUGGAGAAGGGGCAGGCUUUCCUGCGGAGCAGCCUUGGGGGCCUGGUUUAGCCAUUCCCUCUAGCUCCCACCGGUCCCACGUACCUCCCUCUUCUUUCCAAGAUCCCCUCGCCCGCCAGAAGAGAUGAUUAACACUCACUACCCACCACUUUCUUGAAGAAGUCCUGAAGGUGCUUCCACAGGCACACCAGGAGGGCUCUCCUGUUCUCUUCACAAAUGCAUUAGGUCACAGGUGAGAUGGCAGGCGCUGGGCAGCGCAGGGGGAAGAAGGAUGACAACGGCAUCGGCACCGCCAUCGACUUCGUGCUGGCCAACGCGCGGCUGGUGCUGCUUCCUGCGCGCCAAGCUGCCCGACAUGCCCCUGCGGGACAUGUACCUCAGCGGCAGCCUCUACGACGACCUGCAGGUAGUGACAGCUGACCACAUCCAGCUCAUUGUACCUCUCACGCUGGAGCAGAACCUGUGGUCGUGUAUCCCCGGGGAGGACACUAUCAUGAACAUUCCUGGCUUCUACUUGGUGCGUCGAGAAAACCCAGAGUACUUUCCUCGCGGGAGCAGCUACUGGGACCGCUGUGUGGUGGGAGGUUACCUUUCCCCCAAAACUGUAGCAGACACCUUUGAAAAAGUUGUAGCUGGGUCCAUCAACUGGCCAGCAAUCGGGAGUCUCUUGGACUACGUGAUCCGUCCGGCAGCUCCCCCAGCAGAUUUGACUCUGGAAGUGCAGUAUGAUGCAGAUCGGCAUCUUUUUAUUGACUUUCUGCCAUCCCUGACACUGGGGGACAUCGUCCUCGUUGCCAAACCUCACCGGCUGGCCCAGAACGACAACUUGUGGCGCCUGAGCCUGCGGCCGGCAGAAACGGCGCGCCUGCGCGCCCUGGACCAGGGGGAUUCUGGCUGCCGCUGCUUGUGCCUCAAGAUCUUCAAAGCAGUGUGCAAGCUGAACCCGGCGCUGGGACACCUCACUGCCAGCCAGCUCACCAACGUCAUCCUGCACCUGUCCCAGGAGGAGUCCGACUGGUCCCAGGACAUGCUGGCUGACCGCUUCUUGCAGGCCCUGAAGGGGCUGAUCCGCCACCUGGAGGCUGGUGUCCUCCCUAGUGCCCUGAACCCCAAGGUGAACUUGUUCUCAGAGCUCACCCCUGAAGAAGUGGAUGAGUUGGGCUACACCCUCUACAGCUCUCUGUCGGAGCCAGAGGUCUUGCUGCAGACGUAAUGGGGCCUUACCUAGGGAAGUGUUGAUAGAGUUCAGCCAAUGCAGACUUUGAUUACUGCGAAUUAUGUCUCCUCCACUUCUCCCUGUCUCCCUCUCUCUCUUCACCACUCCCCCCUUUUGGUUCAUUAGUAAUUCCUGCUUUGGAGUUGGUGCUCCCACUGAAUUUCUUGGUGCUACCGGUCCAUUUCCACCAUCUCUGCCCCAACAGGUACCCAUUGGCUAGGGAGGAGAGGCUAAAACUGCAGCUCUGAGAUCUUCACAUAAAUUCUGAUGAGUUUUUAGUGUCUACCAAAAAAAUAAACCAAACUAUGCACUUCUUUCUUCUGCAGUACAUUUACUGCAGCAAACCCUUUUUGGUCUGAAGAAGGUGGAACUGGGCUGGUAAAUCCAGUGAUGAUUUUAGCAGACUUGCACUGAGGUUGUUUAAUUUCCUCCAGCCUGAUUUUGCCCUAUGUUUCUUUUUCUCUGCUGUCCUACACUGUCUCACUUUCCUUUCUUUUAUGUUCUUCUGGCCCAGUCAUGCGGGGCAGACUGAGUGAGAUAUUUUGGAUAGGGUUCUUUUUGUAUUUCUGAGUGGAUAAUGAUUACACUGGCAAUAUUUAGGGCUGUAGAGCUUGAAACUGAAGAAUUCCCGCAGCUCCUGCUCCCAUGGAGCCUUCUCAUCCUUUGGAAGCUGGGUUCAGGAUUAAGGGCCAAAAUUUGUCCAGUCUGCUGCGACACAACGUCCUGUACAGACAAUUGUUGUUGAGGCUGUCACAGGGGAGGAAGGAGCCUUUGUGGUCUGGUUGUGUGAUGAGGCUGAAGGAGCAGAGCUUGCUGUUCCUGCCUAGCCAGAUCUCGUGGGAAUGGCCUCGGGAGCAGAGAACAAGGCAGCUCUUUGGUUGUCUCUGGCCUAGAGGAAGAGAGGGUGAUCAUAGGGGAGGGGUGGGAGACACAUAUGGGAAUGGGGAUUUUUUUUUCAUCUUUUCCCCGAGAGCUUAUGGCUGUUUUGGUUUACUGGAGGUGGAAACAAGAUUGCAUGCCUCAAAGGGUUUUGGAAUAAGCACACACAAGCCAGAUUCUCACCAGCUCUAAAGGCUGUGAAGGUGAUAGAACUGAACUGGUGACAUCAGCAAGGUUCUGUCCCAUACAGUGAUAUUAGGGUACAUAUACAAAGCUGGCAUUUAGGGAUGUAUUAGCUUUGCCAUCUGCUCUGUGUGCUUUAGUCUCCUCCCCGGAACUGAGGCUGUCCAUCCCCUUCCUCAUUCCCAUGUGCUGACUUUCCAGUGCUCCCAUUUUACAAAUACUCUUAGAAAGCUGGUGAGGGCACACCUUCCCAUUCCAUCUCUUUGGACCUGUUGGCAGUGCAGUUCUGCUCACUCCUGUCUGUGGCUGCUCUCGGGCUGUAGUCUCUUUAUACUCUGCAUUUAGCCACCUGCUGUCUUCAAAAAGUGGGAGAGAAGGUUUCCCCCUGAGUGUGGAGCUCUGUGUGUAUCUCAAAAGACCAGCAUAACUAUUGUUUCAGAAACAUGUUUGCCUUUUCCCUGCUUUAGGAGCUUUUUUCACCCUUGCUGUCCAGCCUCCUUAGCCAGUGGAGAGGAGUACUGUAGCAGCAGAGUUUGGAGGGAGCAGGAAUCCUUUUUUCCUUUUCUCCUCCCUUCCUCUCAGGACUUCCCCCAUCUUUGAAAGAGAAGUUUCAAGGUGAAUUUCAAGAGUGGAGCCACGGAGGGAAGUCUUUCACCCUGGGUUUUUUUUAGAGGCAGUGCUGGUGAGGUGAGGGAGGGAGCAAUUUCUCGGACAAUCCGUCCAUUUUAGCCAGUGUGUCAGACAGCAUUCUGUAUACAGUGAUAACGCAACGUUGCAUUUUAAAUUAUUUAAUCUUUAGGGUACUGGUAUUUUCUAGACUGCCAGAUGUGUACUUUGGAGUCUGUGUGUGUAUAUAAAGUCUAUAGUCUAUCAAAGGUUAACAGGAAUCCCAUUUGUAUGACUUUGUGUUUUGCAGCAGUCAGUGUUGUUCAACUGUUGAUUGCUCUUCACUCUGGUUCCCAGACUUUUUCCCCCUCUUCCUUCCCUUGCCCCCCACUGCCUUUCUGAUGUCAGCCUUUCUACCCUAAAAGCAGACAGAUGAGACUUGGAGCCUAUAGGCUACUGGGGGGAAUUCCCCUUGUUUUUAAUUACUUGAAGGUCAACAAAAAUAUUAAAAUAUCUGGGUUGUCAGGAGUUCCCCCAAAGCUCAUUUCUUCAGUGUGAUGUCACCCCUCACUUGGUGCUGACUCCAGUACUGUGGUGUUCACAUUUUAACAGCAGUGUGGCUGGAAAUGAUUAAAACUCUAGAUACAAAAAAAAAAAAAAAAAAAAAAAAAAAAAAAAAG